GUAAGCAGCAAAACGAGGAAAUUUUCAGUGUGUGCAUUCGUGUCGUUGGAUGCAUGCGAGAGCUAUCGUUAACACAAACCCACGUUUUUCAUGUAUUAUAAUGAAAAGACGGUAACGGCAUAGCAAAGUUUGGAGGGUUUAUGGAGAUUUUUAUGGUCACUAGUAGCUAGGAAGCGCUAUGGAAACAUGCGCUGGACUAUGACGGCUGUUUUUUUAUUAGCCUGACCAAGCGCUGUGAUCAGAUGCUCUUUGGUGAGACGGAAAGUUUAAUUUUAAGAACAUUUUCGCUCGGCAUGUUAUGACGGAAUCGCGAUAAAUUGUCUUGGUUAAACUGGACUUCCGAGUUAGUAUUCCGGCCUUGAGGUGUUAAUUGAACACUUACAUACAAAUGAAGCGGUCUUGGCGCAAGCUAAUGCUAACACCUGAUAAUGUAAUGGAAGCACCGUGAGCGACUAGCUACCUGUCUGCACUAGCUAACGUUAGCUCGGUCGUCACCUCGACAAUGUCUAAUAUGUAGUUGGCAUGGUGUGAGAAGUUUGGUUGGUCAAAACAUUUUGCAGCCAACGUAGAGAUUCAUUAGGCUGCGGAAAAUAACGCAAUUAUAAUCAAUUGAUACCGGAUUUGUUUUCAAUAGAAAGUGCUUCGUACACUUUGUGUUCUAGUCUGUUGAACAAGUUCGUCUUGUAAUAACGUUAACCAGCGUUAGUUGCCUUAGCAGAGACAAAGUUAUUUUCAUCUGUAGGACAAGUUGCUGUACCAUUGGCAGUCAUUAAUUCAAUGUUUAUCGAGAACUGUCAAUUAUUGUAGUUGACUCGCUGUUCACACAAUUCUUGUGAAUUACAUUUAACAUUAGUCACUAGCUAGCAAGCUCAGAUGACAUUAUUCGACACAAUUUAGUGGUGAUUAAGCAAUGAAUAGACAAUUCAUCACUUUUACUCGCUGUUUAGAACAUUGACAAAACUCUGGAUUGUUGCAUUUUGGAUUCCAUGGGCUAGUUUCUAGUAAUAAUUUGAUUUAGUCUUGUUAAUGAAUUUGCGUAACAGCAGCAUUUGGAGAUCAUACGUUCUUUGAACUUUGCAUUUUAAGCGUUAUUAUCGUGAUAGAAAGUAUUUCAAUGAGAUAUACAAUUGUCAGGAAGUCAUUGAACUGUUUAUUCCAGCAUAUUUUGAGAGAGAAUUUUACUUCAGAUUAGCUCAAAUUGGGUGCUGGUGAUCAACUCGUUCGUGGUGUGUUCCCACUUUCUGGACACGAGAAGAUGAGUAGCCAGGAGCAAGCUCCAGAUUCGUGCAAUGACAAAACCAACGUCGACGACAAUAUUACCAACAUCUUAGAAGGAAUCAUUCCACGUAACAGCCUUCAACUGAUGGAUGGAGACGAUGGUAAACAAGACGUUAACAUAGAUGCAGCGGACGCGUCUGUAUUUGCCCGAUCAACAGACUGUCAAAGUGGAGAUAACAAACAUACAAAAGACAGCAAGGACCCGAAUAACUUAAAGAACAAUGGAAUAACAUUUGCCUCCGCAACAGCCAUCCCUGACCGUGAUAAUGGUUCUAAUAAUGAUGAACACCACCACACUAAAAACAGCGCGGAGUCAGAACCGUCGGUAUCCGUACUUUCCAGUGGGAAAGCGGAUGAUGACGGUGACAUGGAUAUCGGUGUGGAUUUAAGUCUGGACGAAAGCGGUGUUUUGGAAUUAAAGCCGCCAGCCGAGGAAUCAACUUUUAUUGAGGAAAGUGCCUCUAGUUGCACCAGUGCAAACUCGUUAUCCUUAGACACUGUUACUGACAAGGACUCACCGAAACCUUUAGGAGAGGGGCAAGAUGGCUUGCCGUCAAGUUCUUCUAGCACUGGUGCUGCGACCCCUGCUCCUGUCCAAGAGGAGGGAGAUAAGGUAAAACAUGGGGCCAAGAGGGUGACUUUUCCCUCAGAUGAGGAUAUUGUCUCUGGUGCUGUUGAGCCAAAGGACCCCUGGAGACAUGCCCAGAAUGUGACGGUAGAGGAGAUCCUAAAUGCCUACAGACAAGCCUGCCAGAAGCUCAACUGCAAACCCAUCCCCAAAGUGCUUAAACAGAUACAGGAGUUAAGAGACCUGACUCAGCGAAAUGAGUGUCUCGAUCUUAAAGGGGAGAAGUUGGACUAUAAAGCCUGUGAAUCCCUGGAGGAGAUUUUUAAGAGGGUCCAGUUCAAAUUGGUGGACCUGGAGCAGACCAAUCUGGAUGAGGAUGGUGCCUCUGCACUGUUUGAUAUGAUUGAGUACUAUGAAUCUGCCACUCACCUCAACAUCUCCUUCAACAAGCACAUUGGCACCAGAGGCUGGCAGGCUGCCGCCCACAUGAUGAGGAAGACAAGUUCCUUACAGUAUCUGGAUGCCCGAAACACGCCCCUGCUGGAUCACUCAGCUCCGUUUGUGGCACGAGCUCUGCGCAUCAGCGGCAGCCUGGCAGUGCUGCACCUGGAGAACGCUGGCCUCUCUGGACGCCCGCUCAUGCUUCUGGCCACUGCUCUGAAGAUGAAUAUGAAUCUGAGAGAGCUCUACUUGGCCGAUAAUAAACUAAACGGCCUGCAGGACUCAGCCCAGCUUGGCAACUUACUCAAAUUCAACUACAACAUUCAGAUACUGGACCUGAGGAACAACCACAUACUGGACUCAGGUUUGGCAUAUGUGUGUGAGGGACUGAAGGAGCAGAGGAAAGGCCUGGUCACACUGGUGCUCUGGAACAAUCAGCUCACACAUAACGGCAUGGGCUACCUCGCCGCUGCACUGCCAUGUACUCAGAGUUUGGAGACCCUGAACUUGGGCCAUAAUGCAAUAGGCAAUGAGGGUGUCCAUAAACUGAAGGACGGAUUGAUUGCCAACCGGUCUGUCCUCAGACUGGGACUGGCUUCCACCAAACUGUCCUGCGAGGGAGCAGUGGCCGUGGCAGAGUUCAUAGCGGAGAGCCCACGGCUCUUGCGUCUGGACCUGAGAGAGAAUGAGAUAAAGACAGGAGGCCUCAUGGCCCUUUCCCUGGCCUUGAAGGUCAACACCUCACUGCUCAGACUCGACCUGGACCGUGAGCCCAAGAAAGAGACGGUGAAGAGCUUCAUAGAGACACAGCGGGCCCUGUUGGCUGAGAUCCAGAACGGCUGCAAACGGAACUUUAUCCUGGCCAAGGAGAAGGAAGAGACGGAGCAGAAGAUGCGUCUGUCGGCCUCCAUGGCAGAAAUUGCAUCUGAGGACACGCCUGUAGACGAAGAGGAGGACGAGGAGGCAGAUGCAUCUGGCAAGCAGGGAGAGGGAGGGAAACCCGACGGAGAAGAGGAUGGGAGAGAGGAAGAGGAAGGUGAGAAGCCAGCAGAGAGGCAGGGGGAAGAAAGUGAGAAGGCGUCUGCACAGGAUGAAUCAGAUUCAGACACUGAGGAAGAGGAGGAUGAAGAUGAGGUGGUGGAGGUAAAAGCCACGGCUCAGACAGCGUCCCAGAACCAGGCCGUGCUUCCAGCGGUAGUCAGCCCCCCCCCUCUGCACUCUCAGACAAACCUACCCUCCUCGGCCGCACCUCCUGCCGGACCCGCUGUGAUCUCUGGGAUCACGGUUACGGAAACCACGGCCCCGCCUGGUACCCCACCAUCGCCUGGUCGGUGCAUCUCUGUCUCCAGUCCUGGGAGGGGCCAUAAGAUCUUCAUGGUGACCCGUGUGGAGAGUCCUCCAGAGCAGCAGCAGCAGUGGCAAAGCCUGCCUCCCCAGGCUCAGAGCAGCUGCCCCCCCACCCCUCAGCAACCUCAGACAGCAAGUCCUAAAGAACCCCCCCAGCCUUCACAAGCACCAUUACAACACACACAGACGUCAGGAGAACAGCCUUCACCAACUCUAGUCCAGCAAAGUCCCGAACAGGCUCCCUUACAGACAGCUCCGGUCAGCACUGUAACACAACCAGCUCAGCCACCACAGACGCCGUCAGCUCAGACGGAACUACACACAGACGCUCCUCAGCAACAGGGAGGCACUCCACAUAAGGAGCAGCCUCAGCAGAGCUCCUCGGCACAGCAGCAGGUGGGAGACGAUCAGGGACACGUCAAGGAGCAGACUCAAGCCUCAGGAAACCCGGAGGAACUCCCGACACAGAGAGAGCACCUGCAAGAGACACACAACCUCUCUGCCAUACAGCAGCAGCUGACAAGCCAGACCACGCUAUCAGAGCAGCCUCAGUCAGUUACAGAGACACAGGAGAAUAGUCAAGAGCUUCAGUCAGAGCAAUCACAAAUGGAAGAGUCACCGUCGCUGCCCGCAGAGCAGCCGUUAAAGUCUAACACUACUGAAGAGCAGGGGAGGACGGAAGAGCCCGCAGAAGAGCAACUGCCCCCUCAGCCGUCUGCAGGGUCCCCCAGCAGCGAGGAGCAGCCCCAGGCACAGAUAAGGCCACAGCAGCCAGGGGGAAAUGCACGGAGCCCAACAGAUAAACCGCAGGAGCAAGACCCACAGCCACAGGUGGCACCACAGAUAUCAGCCGGGCAGCCGGCCUCUGAACCGUGCACAGCCGAUUCAGGGCAUCAGCGCCCCCUGGUGGAGGAGCAGGACUGUAGCUCCACCCUCUCGCCAGAGGACUCUCCAGAGUCCCUGGAUGAGAGGGAGAGCGCUGCCAUAGAGACGGCUGGAGCCGCUCUGCCCAACGGCCUGAAGCCAGAGUUUGCCUUGCACCUGCUGGACCCUGAGGGACCCAAGUCUGCCAGCUGCAUCAUGGAGCACGUGAGUGUGACAGCAGAACUCACCUGUGGUCAGGAUCUGGAGGAGCUCCUCCUAGAGGCUAGUCUGGAUACCAGCAGGGAUGCGCCCUGAUGCCGUUACCACGGUCUUGUUAGUUCAGAGAGACACGUGGGCUGAUUGUCCAUUCAGCUGAGCCUUUGGACUUGGAGCUCCCAGUCUUUAACCCUUGCCCCAUGCCAUUACCACAAACUUUCUACAGAGCCCAUACCGCCUCCACACCACAUGGGGAACUGUACCCCCUGCACCUGACCUAUUGACAAAUUAUAGUAAUGAAUCAAUAAAGAGAAAAGACAAAAAAAAAAGAAAGAAAAAUGAUCAUCUUCAUGAAACAUCAUCACAGAAAUCUCAUUCAUUCACUAAGCUAACCAGAGGACACACGCACUUAAAUAUAUAAGAUUUUUUUUUUCUUCUGGGGAAAAAAAAAAUUACACUAUUCUGUCACUACAUUCCCACUGCAAAGGAAUCCAAUAAAGUCAGGCAUACCAAAGACACACACACAGAAACACACACACACAACAGUCUUGUCUCUGUGGUUCCAGCGUGACAUACUUUGUCUGUUGCACACUGCUCAUGACUGCUCCCCUGUGGACAGAGGAGUUUACUGCAGCAGGAAGAUUGGAUCAUCAAGUUUACCCGAAUUGUUUGUUUUCAACUGACAAGACCUGAAUGUGCAGGACACUUCUUCAGCUUUUGACUGAAUGGAGGAGCGGUGGGACGGGUGGGAGGGGGGUUGGGGUGGCUUGAUGUGCUUUGUGGAUGUGUGUGCACUUUUGUGUGUGUGUGUGUCACGUGUUGUUCUGUCUCCUUUAAGAGAAAACAAAAAAGUUCUGCCAAAGUGACACGUUCACUCUUCAUGCGUUACCUGCAGCUUUGGCCUGCUCAGGAAUCGUCUCGUGUCUGACUAGCGAUGUUCAUGAACCCCCUCAGAGCCAUCUCUGCCAAACCCCCCCACACAUACACACACACACACACACACACUCUGUUAGAGCUGUCUGUGGGUUUCUGCAGUGAGAAGAGCAAAAACACAGCCUCUAAAGCCUUUAGGAAACCUGUAUGAAUGUUUGUAACAACAACCUCACUCUGUCUGGGCUGAAUGAUGACAUUCUCCAGCUGGAAAUCUUCUCCGGACACUUUGACCAUUGCUACAUUUCCUUCAGCUGGUUAUUGUUUUUGUCUUUCCCCUGCUUUAUAGAAAAAGAAAUGAAAGUCAAAAGGAACCCCCCUGCCAACACAUUCACAGGCUCACAUGCACACUCACAUACACACUUUCACACACACAGUCUAUCUUGUACUGGUUAUACACUGUGUGUAACCACACUUUGACAGCUAGAGACAGAAAACUAUACAUUGCCUUUAAUAAUUUUUCUCCUUUUUGCCAGUUUUGCUGCUUUGCUGAAUUGGUUGUUUCUAUUUAUUUUAUGGCUAAAUGAGCCUUUUGUGUGAUCCCCCCCCCUUAUCCUCUUGCCUUUCUUUUUAUUAGUUAUAAUUGUGGGGUUUUGCUUUUAAAAAUUUCCCCUCUGGUGUAUAUUUUCAGAUUGUAUACAGAGCAAUUAUAAAGUUUAAGGGUUUUUUUUUUCUUUGGAAGAGGGGAAUGGUAGUUGGGGUGAGGUUGAGCUAUCCCUCGGGCUUGGGUAUUGGGGAAGGGUAAAAAAGAAAAAAAAAAGUGCAGUUGUUGAACUAAAGAACAAAAUAGAAAGAGAGGAAGAAAAGCUACUGUAAUAAUAAGAGGACAGCCUGAAGGACUGGGGGAUCUGCUGACUUUCCGUAGAAAAACACUACUUUGUCAAGUGAAGCUACUGCCACUUGGGGUGCUAGAGAACUGCAAGACCACCUUUGGGGGAAUGAACAGUUUGGGAAAGAAGAAGAAAAAAAUCAAGAUUGUAGUGAGCCAAGAGGAUCAGGAACAAGUAGUGGGAGAACAGAUUGCCAGACCCAAUACUCUAAUGAUCUGUUGUCAGGUCCUCUCUCUGUACUCCUGUCUGUCUGGUCCUUACUCUGGCUUGUCUCCCCUUCACCAAUGAUGUCUGUGUAGCCCAUCAGGACUAUCACUGUGAACUGAGAGGUGGGUUAGCAAGUUCCACAAAGCCCCCAAAAUGGUUUUCCUCAGCACCCAGAUGUCUCUGGCAUAUAAACAAAUCAACAUUGCUGUGCUGCCCCCCAACCCAAUGUUUGUAAUGCUUUAAUUUUUAGUCACUUUUAAAUUCCUUGUUAAAUUAAUCAAAAAAUGUGCUGGUAAAUACAAAGAUGUGUAUGGCAGAUAUUUUUUUGUUUCUCUCUCAAAUAAAUGCAUGUGAUGAUAAAGU